AUGUCCCGUGCCCUUCGCUCCGUCCGUGCUCUCUCGGCUCUCCGCGCUGCUCGCAUCGCUUCCCCAUCUCCCAUGGCUUUGGCCCGGCCCGCUGUCUCUGCUUCGGCCCCCGUCUUCCGCCGCUACGCCUCGGGCCCCGCCCCCGUGUCCUCCAUGGACGGCACCCUCGCUCACGCUCAGUCGCUCCUCGACGAGGGUACCCGCGCCCUCGAGGAGGGCGACCUUCAGCGCGCUCAGGCCCUGUACAAGGAGAGUGUGGCCGCCAAGUCGACCAGCGGAGGAUGGUUCAACCUCGGCGUGGUGGAGUACCAGCUCGAGAACCGCGAGGCCGCCAUUGAGGCCUGGAAGCAGAGCAUUCAGCUCGAGCCCAGUGCCGACGCCUACACCAACCUCGGUUCUGCCUACAUGAUGUCCCGCCCCCCUCAGCCCGCUGAGGCCAUCAAGGCCCUCACUGCGGCCAUGGAGAUCGCCCCCGAGGACCCCGAGGUUGCCUUCAACCUCGCUGCCGUGCUUGAGUCGACCGACUCUCUCGAGACUGCUCUCACCCUCUACCGCAAGGCCCAGGCCGGUGGCAUUGAGCGCGCCGCCGCCAACGUUCGCAACGUCGGUGCCAAGAUCUUGGCCAAGCAGAUGCGCGAGGAGGAGGCCAACAAGAAGUAA